AACCACAUCAAUAGUCACGAGGCCAUUAACAGUCGCUUGCAGCCAUCGUUCGCAUGUUCCCAUCGACAAAGCUUAUGUCGUUUUAUUAGGCUACAUUGAUUUACACACAUAUGUUCACAGACAUAUUACUAUCUUGGCAACACACCUGUUUGUUUGCUGCACCAUGUCCAACACCACUUGGUUGACACCCUCGAAAUGGCAAUAAUUGUCAAAGACACAUACCUUGAACGCCUUUUAUAAGGCUACCUUGGCUUACGCCUUACCUUACCGCGGCUCCAACAUCUGCCUUACUUGCUGUUUUUCGCUGCCGUUGUCCUAGAGUGUAGUCAGGACCCAUAUUUUCGUAAAGGGUUAGCAACCUUUCGCCGCCUUGGUGAUGGCAGCUGGUGGGGGGGUCCAGUUUCUGCAGUCGAAUGUCGAGGAUGGCCCCAAGGCGCUCGGCGCCUACAAGGCGCAGAAUACGGAGCUUAUCCGGAAAAUGCUUCGAGAGCAGCAGCGGGAGUGCCAGGCGCUCCACGCAAACCCGCUGUUUAAGGAAUUUCGCACACCGGGCAGCGUCCGCCAGAAGAAGUUCGGCAAAGGCUACACAGUAAUCGAGGACACGAACGCGCCCCAGCCGUUUGCCGACCCAAAGUCAAUCGAAUACGAGGGGCAGGCGCGCAUGUUUGAUCUUAUCAAAAACACAGCUAUUAAGGAGGAGAAGGUCCGGCAGGGCGUUUGGGCCUCCUUUGGGGCUCCCUAUGUGCCACUGGGCGAGCCUAAAGAGCUGGAAAAGACCCUGCCGGAGCUCAACCGUGAUAAGAUGGGCAGCAGAGACGGACAGCGCCACCCCCCUCGCCGUAAGAACUCCAAGCAGUCUGCGCACCACCAGCAGGCCCAGCAGCAGCUGCAGCAACUCCAGCAGCAACAGCAGCAGGCCCACGCAUCGCAGCCCUCCUCGCCGCCGCAACGCCGCCGCGGCCUGGGCAGCCGCGGCGACAGCGGCGGCCGGCCCACAUCGCCGCCUGGCGGCUCCCAGGGCUACCGCUCGGAUUCCGAUAGCGCCGCCGGAGCAGCACAAGCGUACGGCGGAAGUGACGCGGACGCCGACGCCAACUGCACCCCGGCGGAGGCCGCUAUCCGAGCCGCUACGCGGGAGGCUGAGGACACGGUUAACAAACAGAAGUCGGUUAUGCGGUUCACCAUCAGCGACCGUACGGAGGCGGCAUUCCCCUCCUCCGUGCUUAAGAACGUCAACAUGCGGGCAGCCAAGGCGAAGGCCUCGGUGGGGUCGUUCGUGAACCGGCGUGAGGCGGAGGAGGAGGCGGGGGACCCGCAGCGGGCGUAUGGGCAGCCGCCGCUGCCGCGCAAGCAGCUGGCGCCCAUUCCGGGGCCGGCGGGGAGCAGGCGGGGUGCAGGGGAGGAGGGCGGCGACGCGUCGACGUUUUUCCUGACGCAGGGCUCACAGGCGGCGCAGGAUGAGGAACGCAGGCGCAUGUCGCUGGACAACACCGGCAUCGCCUCCUCCUCGGUGCCGUACGACACCAGCGGGGGCUCCUUCAACACCGGCAGCGCGUUGCUCAGCAACGGCACGGGCGCAGUUGGCGGCGACGGCUCCUUCAUGCCGCUGGUGGAGCCCGUGGUGGCUCUUCGCGGCGACGAGAGCAACCCGGUGUACAAGUGGCACAACGACUUCAUGUCGGUGCGGCAGGCGGGCCGCGCGCAGCUGCAGGCGGCGCUGUACUCGCGGGCGCAGGGGCGCGCCAACGUGCGCACCGACUCCAGCGCGGCGGCGGGGCUGUCCACCACGUUGUUCGGGGUGCUGAACCUCACGCAGGGACGCAUGCCCACGUACGCCUCGGGCGGCAAGGUGGUGAGCCCCUACGCGCGGCUGGAGGCCUACCAGGCGGCUCAGGAGGCGGCGCGGCGCAACACCAAGCAGAAGGCGGUGCAGGCGCUGGACCCCGCGGAGAUCCGCAUCCUGCAGCGCUUCUACGACCAGCUGUGUGCGCUGGUGGAGGUGCAGCGCAUGAGCGACCCGCUGUGCCUCAUGGUGGUGUCCAAGGUCAAGUCGCUGCUGGAGGCGGGGGUGUACCUGCACCGGCCCAUGCUGGUGGCGGUGGUGGAGCAUGUGGCGGCGUUUGCCAGGGGGGCGGGCAUGAUGCGCUACAACAAGUACCUGCUGGCAGUGCUCACCUUCGUGGCCAAGUGCGUGGGGCUGGACGUGGGGGACCUGGAGGAGGUGGUGGAGCAGCACGGCGUGUCCAUGGUGGUGUACGGCACACCUGCCGUACCCUCCAAGGUCACCUCGGAGAUGGUGGCGGCGCUGGGGGAUGAGGAGGGGGCGGCAGCGGGCGCGGGGGGCAAAGCAGGGGCGCAGUUGGCGGUGGGGAGGGCGCGCAGCGGACGUGUGGGUACUUCGGUUGCGAGAGCGGCGGUGGCGGCUGGGCAGGCAGCUAGCGGAAGCGCUGGCGGGGUGGAGGGGAAGGCGGAAGAACCGGCGCAGGAGGCGCCGGAGGGGCUCACAGCAGCGGAGAAGGUGGACAUGCUUGCGGAUGUUGUGGCCAAGUUAAAUAGUAGUGAGAGCUGAUGCAGGUGGUGUGGAGUGGGGGUGGUUGCAGGGUGCGCUGGGGAGCAGUAGGGCUUGGAUUUCGUGGGCGGUGGUGGGACAUUUAUCAUAACGAUUUAUCAUCAACAAUUGAGCCGCGUAACUGCAUAUGUGGACGCGUUAUGGGCGCUUGGUCUGCUGAGGGACGCAGUUACAAGGUGUUGAAUGAGGAGGUAUAGGGGUGGGGGGUGAAGAAGGUUGUAGUAGGCCUUGUAUGUACGUAUAGUGGCAGAGGUGCACAACACAGGGUUUCAUGUGUCCAAACUCGCUUGUACACUAGCUGCCUCGCUCUCUUGGGCCUUGCCUUCCUUCAGCAAGGUCGCAACGGCCAUGUUGCCGGGAUGUCCUCCGUUUGGACGCUCGAGUACUCACGCCACAGGGUUACCAACUUAUCUAGCCGCAUAUUGCUGGCAUGCUAAGUGUAGAUGCCAGAAGUAUAGAAAUAUAGAGGAAUGCAUGUGGGUGUACUAUUUGUCUCUCCC